GUCCAGGUACCUGGCAGCUGUCGAACGUUCGAAUUUCACACCUCACAGCCGACAUGUGGAUAUUACCAGCCCUCGGGUACAUUGGGGUCAUCUUGGGCUUCGGAUUCUUGACAUUGGCGAUAGCAUCUGGACUAUACUACCUCUCUGAGUUGGUCGAAGAGCACACAGUUUUCGCAAAGAAACUGCUCAACCGCCUGAUAUACGGCGUGAUUGCCAUCCAAACCCUCCUAUUGCUUGUCGACGGUUUCCCAGUCAGCCUCAGCGCGCUCAGCAUCGUCAGCCAUGUCGUCUAUGCGCAAAAUCUGCGACGCUUCCCGAUCGUGAAGCUGACAGACCCGUUAUUCCUACUAUCCUGCUGCCUGGUAAUCGCAAACCACUACCUUUGGUUCCGCCACUUCAGCGCCCCUUCACCCUCCGCAAAUAACUAUUCGAAUUACCCCUACGACCGCCCAGACGUCCCCACUUUCACCGAAAUCGCAUCUUACUUCGGUCUCUGCGUGUGGCUCGUGCCGUUCGCAUUGUUCGUCUCUCUGAGCGCUGGCGAGAACGUGCUGCCCUCAAUGGGCUCCGAGUAUGCGACAGGCGAAGGGAGCAGCUAUAUAUCUUCUGGCGUGGCGCCUAGCGGGUUUGCUAGUGGUAAUGGUAGUGGCGUUGCUGGCAUUGCUACUGGCAAGAGGAGAGCGAGAAGUGGGACCAAUCAGGGUAUGGCUAAGCAGGUUUUUGGGGGUGUUAAGGAUUGGGUCGGUGAGACGGGUGAGGUCAUGGGGUUUUGGAAAGGCGAGAGGACAAGGCCUACUUUCUAGGCGUACGAGUAAUGAUUGUAUGAGUAGUGCAUAUCCGAUCAUCUUAGCCGCGGGCCCUUGGAAGUGGUGGCUGGCGCAAAUGAGUCGAAGGCAAGGUGUGACGUUGCAGUCGUUUGUUCGAGCGCGUCCAGUUUUCCUGUCACCUGAAGCUCAGCUUAGUCCCGCCAUCCCAACAAUCUCGACCCAACCUGCCCUAGCACUGCGCCAUCGACAUCCAUGUGACGGCACAAAGACUGUCAGCACUUACACUGCGCUCUAUAUCUACG